ACAGCGGAUAGUGACACACUUCCAUCAGCUUCGUGGCAUGCAUGUGCCUUAGUGGUUCUUGAGUUCUUCAUGACCAUUUGAAAUAAUUUCCUCUGAGCUGAGGGUGACAGUUUGGGAUUUAUUCCAGAUGUUGACAAAGUGGCUUCUCUAUGCCUUGUACUUACAUACAAUGUUUGAACUGUUGAUCUUGGAACCUGUAGUUGUUUAGAAAUAGCUCCAAGAGACAUUCCUGACUUUUGUAAAUAUUAUUUCUUAGAUCUGCACUGAUCUCUUUGGAUGUCCUGAAUGUGCUGUGUGUAUGUCAGUGAACGCUGACUAACUUUUAUUGUGACACACGGGUGUAGUCAGUGAUUGUUAACAGAAAGUUUAAAGUUAAGAGGCCUUGGCAAGUUAAAAGACAUUUUGAAACUUUGAGCACCACAGAGUUAAUAACCAGUGUGGGUGUACGUAUAAUUUUGAUCCUAUGUUGAAAUCUGGGAGAAAGCUGAAAGCUGUCAAGUCCUGUCUACAGUGUCUGGUUUCUUAUUGUGACCAACACCUUCAGCCUCACUAUGAAUCCCCUGCCUUUGAAAAACACAAGCUGGUCAACCCCUCCAAGAGGCUUCAGGAAAAUAUCUGCUCUCAUCAUGGUAAAAUGAUGAAGAUUUUCUGUCACACUGAUCAGCAAUGUAUCUGUUAUCUCUGCUCCAUGGAUGAGCAUAAAGACCACCACACAGUCUUAGCAUCAGCAGAAAGGAGUGAGAGGCAGCGAGAGCUCGGGAUAAAUCGCCAAAACAUCCAGCAGAAAAUCCAGGACAGAGAGAAAGAAGUGAAGCUGCUUCAGCGGGAGGUGGAGGCCAUCAAUAGCUCUGCUGAUAAAGCAGUGAAGGACAAUGAGAAGAUCUUUACUGAACAAGUUCUUCUCAUCAAGACAAGAAGCUCUGAUGAGAUUAGAUCCCAGCAGGAAACUAAAGUGAGUAAAGUCAAGGAACUUCAGGAGAAGUUGGAGCAGGAGAUCACUAAUCUGAGCCAGAAAGACACUGAUCUUAAGAAAGUCUCACACACAGAUGACCACAUCCAGUUUCUACACAAUUACCCCUUUCCGUCAAAUCACACCGACUGAAUCUCCAGCAUCGAUAUCCGCCCUCUGCAGUACUUUCAGGAUGUGACUGCAGCUGUGUCAGAAGCCAGAGGUAAACUACAGGACGUUCUUGGUGAUUUAUGGACAAAGAUCUCACAGACAGGGACUGGAGUGAAUGUUUUACUUCAACAAGCUACUGGGAGGGAGAGUGGAGUAGAGUCGUUUCAAUAGCUGUUGUGUACAAGG